AUGAGUAUGGAAGAUUAUGAUUUCCUCUUCAAAAUUGUUUUAAUUGGCAACGCCGGCGUGGGGAAGACCUGCUUAGUCCGUCGCUUCACUCAGGGGCUUUUCCCACCAGGUCAAGGAGCCACAAUUGGAGUUGACUUUAUGAUCAAAACUGUGGAGAUAAAUGGUGAAAAAGUAAAGCUGCAGAUCUGGGACACGGCAGGACAGGAGCGAUUCCGGUCCAUCACACAGAGUUACUAUCGCAGUGCUAACGCCUUGAUCCUCACCUACGACAUCACCUGUGAGGAGUCCUUCCGCUGCCUGCCCGAGUGGCUGCGGGAGAUCGAGCAGUACGCCAGCAACAAGGUCAUCACGGUGCUAGUGGGUAAUAAGAUUGAUUUAGCUGAUAAGAGGGAAGUCUCCCAGCAAAGAGCUGCCGAGUUUUCCGAAGCACAGGAUAUGUACUACCUGGAAACCUCAGCAAAAGAAUCGGAUAAUGUGGAAAAACUCUUCCUGGACUUGGCCUGCCGGUUGAUCAGUGAGGCACGACAGAACACCCUUGAGAACAAUGUCUCAUCCCCCUUACCAGGGGAGGGGAAAAGUAUCAGCUACUUGACUUGCUGUAAUUUUAAUUAAGGAGCUGGCAUGUGGUUUCCUGUUCUGCCAUGGGCCAAGAGGAUUUGUUAGUUUCUUUUUUUUCUGGGAUUUAUCUACUCGAAGGGAAUUCCUGCCACUUCCCGAGUCAGGAUGCAGACCUGGAAGCAUGGUAGGCUGGCGGCCUCAGCUGGAUGGCAACAUAGCAGAAUAUAACAUGGUUUAAGUUCCAUCUUUCUUGCAGUCUCUGGAGCAGGUUAGGAACAGAAGAGUUGCACAAGUGCUUCAUGUGAUGCAGAACACGAGCU